CAUUUUCAGGGACGGUUCGAUGCCCGAGCAAAAAAUUUUUUCCAGGUUUAGCAAUAUCGAUUUUGAGUUAUUUGUGUACUUAUUUUAUUGUGUACUUAUUUUUUUAUUUGUGUACUUAUUUAAUUUUGUUUUUAGGGUAAUUAAACCUAAAUUUUUGGAAGUCUUCAGAAAAAUAUUGAAGACUAAUUGCCGGUACUGGUUCUUACCGGUACUGGUUCAUCUAAUUGCCGGUACUGGUUCUACUUGUUGUCUUUUGAAGGUAUUAAAAAAUUUUUAA